GUGAAAAUCCACACGUCGUCUUUUCUUUUCCUCACUCCAUAAGAAAGGAGCGUGUUCAGUAUCUCACACUCUACAGAGUGCAGUACUGGCUCAGGCUCAGGGGAAGACCGGCUUCUCAAGGACUUACUCGGCCGUUGUGGAAUACACUUCUGCCGCCGAGAUGUCGUCUCCUAUUCCCGUCGUCGAAAAGUAUGCGCCCUCGGCCUCGGGGAGUUCUGAAGCCUCUGAUAUCCUUGACCUGAAAGACGAUGAAGGUUGGGAAGACGCAGAGCCAGAUGAGGAAGAGGAACACUAUAUCUCUUUAUUGGACGAUGAAGUCUUCACGGACGUCACGUCGAUGCUCAACCAUUGCAUAGAGAAAUACAAUUUCGAUUUCCUUAAGCUCAGGCAAAGAGUGGCGUUCAAUUUUUAUGACAAUGUCAAGCUUGUCAACUUCAUUCGUUCCCAGGUCCACAGUGGUCACCCCGUCUCAGCAGACAUCUCAAGGGAGGACUUUGCAGAUGACAAGUUCUUAAAGCCAGUUUUGGAGGAUGAUGCAUUGCUUAUCAGCCUUGAUGAUCUUGAUGAACUUCCCGGGAGCCAAGCCAACGUUCAUGAAACCACAGCAGAGCCAGUAAAGGGCGAGCUUGUAUCUCGCAUUUCGGAACUCGAAGAAGAGCUGAGGCGCAUCCAAUCCCAAUUUGAUGACUAUAGGGAGACGGUCAAGCAGACUUUGGAUGACAGAUGGAACGAGACGUCAACGAGUGGGCCAUCUGAAUCCAAAGGUCCAAAGAAGGAGGAAAAGAGAGACGAUGAUAGUCAUUACUUCAACUCUUAUUCAUACAACGACAUCCAUGAAACCAUGCUAAAGGAUACUGUUCGUACUGAUGCUUACCGUGAUUUCAUCUACAACCACAAGUCACUGUUCGCCGGAAAAGUUGUACUUGACGUUGGGUGUGGCACUGGCAUAUUAAGCAUGUUCUGUGCUAAAGCUGGCGCUGCAAAGGUCAUUGCCGUCGAUAACUCGGGCAUUAUUGAUAAAGCUCGCGAAAAUGUGUUCAAUAAUGGAUUUGCGGAUACCAUCACCUGCCUCAGGGGAAAAAUUGAGGAAGUCGCCCUUCCGGUUGACAAGGUUGACAUCAUUGUCAGCGAGUGGAUGGGUUACUGUUUGUUGUAUGAAGCUAUGCUGGACAGUGUCAUCUGGGCCCGAGACAAGUACCUCAAAGAAGAUGGCCUAAUGGUACCAAGUCACAUGAACAUGUGGGUUGCACCUAUCGCAGAUCCGGAUUAUAUUGCAGACCAUAUCUCAUUCUGGAGAGACGUCUAUGGAUUUGACAUGAAGGCCAUGCAAGCAGGCAUCCACGACGAUGCCCAGGUUCUUGAUAUGCCCGCCAGCACCUUGUGUGCAGAGCCAUUUCCCUUCCUGCAAUUGAGUUUGCAUUCAACAACUGUCAAGGAUCUUGUUUUCAAGCGGAACUGGCAUGCAAAACUUACUCAAGAUAUCGAUGCUCUUGAUGGUUUCAUUAUCUGGUUUGAUUCUUUCUUCAUGCCAUCACGGGGGGAUGAGGUACCACAGGACGCGAAGGCCGAGGAGUGGGCCAAGGCUGGGAAGAAAGGGGUUGCCUUUACAACUGGGCCAAAGGCAAAAGUUACGCAUUGGAAGCAGGGCGUUCUCCUCAUCGAUAACACAAAGCAAAUGCCCUCGAGCAAGAAAGCAGGAGAGGAGCUAAGUGGCGAGCUCGAGUACUCUAUUCCAGAUGACAAUUCUCGUGCCCUGAAUCUGGGCGUGAAGUGGAAGUUCAAUGCGGAGGAAGUUGAGCAUUCACAGUCGUGGAAGAUGAGCUGAAGACAGAAAAAUGAUGCUUGCUAGAAUCAAAAGUUAUGUUGUAGCAUCAAGUUUUCGCUCAAGUAACUAAGUUCACACGAACUGUGUUCAUUCAUUAGAUGCUCAUUCAUGGGGUCGUCGCCAGUGCUGUUGUUGAAGCUGCCCAUUCGUAAACC